UUUCUUGUUUUCUUGUUGCACUGUCCGGCCGGGGGAGCCAGCGAUCGCGGCGGUGUUGGUAGGACGUCUGACUCCUUCCCUCUGUUUCGCAUUACUCCUCAUCGGGCGUUUGUCAAAGGCACGCCGAGGUGCGAUGGCGCAGUACAAAGGAGCGGCCAGCGAGGCUGGGAGAGCCAUGCAGCUGAUGAAGAAACGAGAAAAAGAGAGAGAGCAUCUUGAGCAGCUGAAGGCCAAGAUCGCAGAGGACAACAUGGUCAAGUCCAACAUCGACAAGAAAUUUUCCGCCCACUAUGAUGCUGUGGAGGCAGAGCUUAAAUCCAGCACAGUUGGUCUGGUGACGCUGAAUGACAUGAAAGCCAAGCAGGAGGCCCUUGUGAAGGAGAGGGAGAAACAGCUGGCCAAGAAGGAGCAGUCCAAGGAACUCCAGCUAAAGCUUGAGAAGCAGAAGGAGAAGAAGCGAAAGGAGGAACAGAAAAGGAAGAUUGCCAGUUUGUCGUUUAAUCCUGAUGACAAUGAAGAUGAAGAGGAAAAUGAAGAGGAAGAGGAUGAAGAAGAGGACUAUGCCCCGGUGAAGAAGAAGAAGUUGGGGAAGAACCCAGACGUGGACACCAGCUUCCUCCCUGAUAGGGACAGAGAGGAGGAGGAGAACCGUCUCAGAGAGGAGCUCAGACAGGAGUGGGAGCGCAAGCAGGAGAAGAUCAAGGGUGAGGAGAUCGAGAUCACUUUCAGCUACUGGGACGGAUCUGGACAUCGUAAGACUGUGAAGAUGAGGAAAGGAAAUACUAUCCAGAGCUUCCUCCAGAGGGCGCUGGAAGUCCUCAGAAAGGACUUCAGCGAGCUCAGGUCCGCUGGCGUAGAGCAACUGAUGUACAUCAAAGAGGAUCUGAUAAUCCCCCAUCACCACAGCUUUUAUGAUUUCAUUGUGACGAAAGCCAGAGGCAAAUCAGGUCCUCUCUUUAGCUUUGACGUCCACGAUGACGUUCGACUGGUGAACGAUGCCACCGUGGAGAAAGACGAGUCUCAUGCAGGGAAAGUGGUGCUAAGGAGCUGGUACGAGAAGAACAAACACAUCUUCCCAGCCAGUCGCUGGGAGCCAUAUGAUCCUGAGAAGAAAUGGGACAAAUACACGAUCCGGUGAGAGGGUGGUCUCCUCCAACGUCCAGCGUCCGUGAUAUAAACUUGUUUUCCUACUGUAUUUUCAUAACAGAUUUAAGUUUUUUUUUGUUUUUAUUUCUUUAUGACCCGAGAAACUAUUUGGUUUUAUUUUGAUAUUUAAAUGCAAGUUGUCCAGGAUUUAGACCUGACUCGGUGUUUCCCUGUGAAACCGAACCACGGUCACAUGUACAUAGCUCAUACACCAUGCUGUAGCACCUCUGUUGAAUAAAAUGCAACUGGCUUUAACUUGUUGAAGGGGGAAAAAAAUGUCAUGUCUG